GGAAAAGCAGAGUUGAAAUCGUCUCUGACACAGCUGGAAAAGGAACACCGCCCUUUAUCCUAACUUUAAAGGGUUUAUCUUUGGCUGGUCUCCGAGGUACAAUAGCCAGAGAGAGAGGCAGAACGAGAUAUUCCUGCUAACAACAUGGCUGCUUUCGGCUGGCUGAUCGUUCUUUCUCUCCUAUUCCUCUGGUUCUGGAUGAACCAGCGUCCCAAAGGUUUCCCCCCUGGGCCACGGAGGCUGCCCCUGCUUGGGAAUCUGCUUCAGUUCAUUAAGAAGAACCCCCUCAAGGAUUUUAACCAGCUGGGGGAAAAAUAUGGUCCUGUCUUCAGUCUUUAUCUUGGAAGAACCCCUGUGGUUUUCACUCAUGGGUUUCCUUCAACCAAGGAGGUUCUUGUGGUAAAAGGCACAGAAUUUGCUGGGAGAGCAUCAUUUCCUAUAACGGAUGUCCUCGCUAGGAAGAAAGGUUUACUGACAUUAACAUAUGGUGAAGAAUGGAAGGAGCAAAGAAGGUUUUCUUCAAUGCAUCUCAGAAACUUUGGAGUGGGCAGAAAAUCCAUGGAAGAAAAGAUCCUGGAGGAGGCAACUUGUUUGAUUCAAGCAUUCACUAAAAACAUGAAUGAGCCUUUUGAUCCUUAUGAAUUGCUGGAUGCUGCAGUUGCCAACAUAAUGUCUACCAUAUUAUUUGGAAAACAUUUUGAAUAUGAUGACAGCUUCCUCAAAACUUUGCUACAUAGGAUACAUCAAAAUUCCCGAAUACUAGCAGGACCCUGGGCCUUGCUUUACAAUGAGGUGCCCUUAGUGAGAAGUCUUCCCCUGCCCCAUCAGGAAUUAUUCAGAGUUACGAAGAAAAUACAAGCUUUCCAUCAACAAGAGAUUGACGAGCACAAGGCAACCAUGAUUCCAGGAGAACCUCGAGAUUUCACUGAUGCAUAUUUAGAAGAAAUGCAGAAGCCCGAGAGGAAAGGUUCAUAUUUUGAGGAAGAGCAGCUACUGAUCUUACUGUCUAACCUGUUUGUGGCUGGAACAGAGACGAUGGCAUCAACACUGCAGUGGGCAUUGCUCUAUUUGAUGGCCUUUCCAGAGAUCCAAGAGAAAUGCUGGAAGGAAAUAGACACGGUGGUGGGAAACAAGGCAAUCUUGAAGUACAAAGACAGAGAAAAGUUGCCCUACACCAACGCCGUCAUUCAUGAAAUCCAACGCGUUUCAAAUGUUGCUUCUUUUGGAAUACCUCAUGCCCCCAUAAAAGAUAUGCAGCUUUUUGGGUAUGAAAUCCCCAAGGACACCAUGGUUUUUGUCAACAUCCAGUCUGCCCAUCAUGAUGAAUCCCAGUGGAAGUUUCCCAAUGAGUUCAACCCCUCCAACUUCCUGAAUGAAGAGGGAGAGUUUGUGAAGCCAGAAGCCUUUUUGGCAUUUUCAGCAGGACCGAGAGUCUGCUUAGGAGAAAACCUGGCUCGGAUGGAGCUCUUCCUGUUCUUCACCAGCAUUCUCAGGACCUUCCAGCUAUUGUGGCCAGAUAAAUCCCAAGCUCCAGAUUUCACACCACACUUUGGGGUUACACAAUCCCCAUCUCCCUUUACGGUGUUGCUGAAAUAUCGCCAGCCAAGUGGGUAGAUCAAAGUGAGGAUCUGCAAAGUAACCCAUUCAAGACAACCUCGUUCUCCCCAAAAAGCCAACAGCCAUUUCUACUUCAAAUUCACCACUUGGAAUAUGUCUACAAAUACAAUACAAUUUAAGGCCAAAUCAUUUAGAUAUUAUAACAAAGAAAUGAUCAGAUGAUCUUAUACACACACAUACAAACACACCCACACACCGCCACAUUUGUCUCCAGUGUUACAAGCUAUGAUUUAGAAGAAAUAAAUUUAUUAUUUAAGUCCUCCGAGAUUGGGCGGCCUAUAAAUUGAUUAAACAGUUAAACAGUUAAGUGUCACAUAUUUUGUCCUGCAUUUAGAGAUCCAAUUUUCCUGGAUUGCUGACAAAUUUGAGGGACAAAUUCUCAGAUUUGGAAUCCAAUUUAAUAGGACCAUUUUUUAAAUUAACUAAGGAAGGAGAGAAACAACCUAGAACUAAGGAGAAAUUUC